UUUUAUCCUCAAAAUAUUCAGAAAUGUGUUAUUGUAACAUUUUGAUGUACCUAAUGAAUGGCUUCCUGUGUUCUAUGUGAAAGAAUGUCGGCUGCGCAUAGCUGCGCAACCCUGAUUUUACUCAACAACCCCACUGCAUGUUGACACUUGACUGCGUCGGGAAAACAGCUGAGCAAAGACCAAACAACAACCAUCUAUCAGACUUUAGCUACUUAUAGAAGUAUACAAUAUGAACAUUGACCCGUAGCUUUGACAUGGCACUUGAGGAAUAUUCACAAAGAAGCUAGCUAAUACAGUUAAUGCGAAGAGAAAAAAAAACGUAUUUGCAGCUUGGAAGAAACCAGGAAGAUGUUUGAGAAUUUCAAAGAGAGGUUGCAGACGGUGCAGCAAGAUUUCACAACGGGGAUGAAGACUCUGAGUGACAAAUCAAAGGAGGCCAAAGUAAAGCAGAAACACAGACAUGAACAUCUGACACAGUUUUCUGCUGGAGUAGAACUGCUCAGUCGGUACGAAGACACCUGGGUGACUCUCCACAGAAAAGCUAAAGAUUGUGCGAAAGCUGGAGAGACAGUGGAUGGAGAGGUGGUGAUGCUGUCUGCACACUGGGAGAAGAGAAGAGCAGCAGUGGUGGAACUACAGGAACAACUACAGCAGAUCCCAGGCUUCCUCACAAACCUGGAGACGUGCACCAACCGCAUCGCCCACCUGGAGGCAGACUUUGAGGAGCUGGAGAGCCGGCUGAUGUACCUGGACAACCUGUGUGGUCAGUGUGAGCAGCAGCGCUUCAGACACUUCCAGGUCGUGCAGCUGGAGAACUACAAGAAGAAAAAGAGGAAAGAGCUGGAGUCUCUCAAAGCCGAGCUGGACUCUGAGCACGCCCAGAAGGUGCUGGACAUGGAGCACGCCCAGCAGGGGAAGCUGAAGGAGAGGCAGAAGUACUUUGAAGAAGCUUUCCAACAGGACAUGGAUCAGUACCUCUCUACUGGCUACCUGCAGAUCACCGACAGAAGAGGGCCAAUAGGUAGCAUGUCUUCCAUGGAGGUAAACGUCGACGUUCUGGAACAGAUGGACCUGAUGGACGUGUCGGACCACGAGGCCCUCGACGUCUUUCUCAACUCUGGAGGAGAAGACGACAGCCUGACCUCCUCACUCACCUCAGGUCCAGACCCUGAGUCGUUGUCCUCUGAGAUCUCCCUGCGGGUGCCCACCCAGGCGGAACUGAGGAACAAGCCGUCUUCCUUCUCCUCCACGGAGCCAGGCUCAGCCAGCCAGGACACCAGCCAGGACACCAGCCUGGGGGAGUACCAGGAGGGGGAGGGCAGCGAGGCCAGCGGAGACGGAGACCAGCCCCUGGUACUGCCAGACGAGGAGGAAGUGCAGGCCGACACAGCCCUGGUGUCGUUGCCCGAGGCAGAGACGUUCAAGAACUCUGACGACAGCGACUCGCAGGCCUCUUAGGAGCCGUCACAGAGCUGCCCCCUGGGUGAGACCGGCUCCGACUCGCAGGCCUCUUAGGAGCCGUCACAGAGCUGCCCCCUGGGUGAGACCGGCUCCGACUCGCAGGCCUCUUAGGAGCCGUCACAGAGCUGCCCCCUGGAUGAGACCGGCUCUAGGGGGUAUAGGGUAGCUCCUAGACGCUGAUCUGGGGGUCCGUUUUGCAUUUUUCCCCCAAAAAAAUCUUUUUUUUCUUUUCUGUUUUUUAUAAAUGAAAUGUAGCUUCCUUCCUUGUAUCCAAUUAUAUCUAAGUAAAUAAUAAUAAAGUUGUUUAAAAUGUU